AUGGACCCUAAGCAGGUGCAGACACAGCGAUCCGUCAAGGUCGUGCCCGAGUCUGUUCGAGAACGCGAAGUCUUCAAAUAUGAGCCUUUUCUUCAGGAUAAAUAUCCGACAAAUCGCGACGGACGACCGCCCCCGAGUGCCGACCUGGCAACCUCGACCGACGUCGUCCUGACAUCUCUCGCUCAGCUCGGGCUCUACCAAACCGGAACCGAGCGCGCAUUCAUCUCCCUCUUCGACGCAAAUUCGCAGUACAUCAUCGCCGAAGCCACCCAGUCGACACCCCUCAUACCCGGCCUACCGGGCGACGAAUCCAUGGUGUUUAAUCCAGGCGAUUCCCCCAACGCGGCAGAGCUGCCGUUGAUGGUUGUGCAUGAUUUGACUACACAUGAGAUUUUCUCCACGAAGCCGUACUGUCGAACCGGUCCUGGUCCGCAGUUCUACGCUGCCGUACCCAUACGAACCAGCAGGGGAAUUAACAUCGGUACAUAUUCCGUCAGGAGCUCGAGAUCUGGCAUCACCUGGGAUAGCGCAUCCUCGAGUAGGCUGCGACAGAUAUCUCGAGCCAUCAUGGGCCAUCUCGCUACCAAUAGAGAGAAGCAUGCCUACCGCCGAAAUGCGCGCGUGACUAGAGGCCUAGGAUCGCUCAUUGAAGGCAAGUCCACCUUAGUAGGCUGGGAGCACGGACCAAACAUCGGCGCUUUUGCGGACAACCCCAGCUUGGAGGGAGAACUGGACAAAACACAACAGCGUCUCGAGCGCCAGGAGAGACUAGAAGAGGACCUACCACAACCCAGCAGCGAGAUCAGCAAUGUAACGCUUGCUGCAGAUGAAGACCGGGAACCGACAAAGGCACAAGGGAGGGAUGACUCGACGGGCUUUGAUACCUCGCUAUUUGAUGCACAAAGGUAUAGCUCGCAAGGCAGCAAGAUCGGACCUGGAAACGGAAUUGAUACGGAGCCGGCUCUGCACAUUCACGUACUUGAGCAGAACAGGAGAACGCUUUUUGCCAAAGCUUCGAACAUACUUCGGGAAUCUUUCGAGGUAGAGGGCUGCAUCUUCUUCGACAUCUCCGUUGGAUCAUACAGAAACCGUGAGACGAACAAGUCUCGUACGCCACAACAUAAUGAAACCUCAGCGGGUCAAGCCAACCUGGCAAGCAGUAGUGACGAACAGCCUCCCACGACGCCCAUGGACAACUUGAAUGCCGACUGCGACAUUAUUGCCUUCGCUACAACUGGUGGAUCAAGCAUCAAUUCGGCCAAAGCCGAUCCAGGCGAAGCACACAUGUCUAAACAAUUCCUCGCCAAGCUAUUAAGGCGGUACCCCAACGGCAAAGUGUUUAACUUUGGGGCUGGUGGAGAGCUGCACCCUAGCGAUGCAUCGUCUUCAUCAGAAGAUGACGGACUUCUGACGUCGUGCAAGAAAACUCCGGCUUCCGAGGAUAGCAACCCGGAGACAGCACACAGCGCCAACACAAGCAGUAGAGGGGCAGAUCGGCCACCUCGACGAGUCAGAGAAGGUAUGGAGAUUUACGGCAGCUUCGCAGGGGCGCGUAGUGUUGCCUUUAUGCCGAUUUGGGAUGCAAAACGGGAGCGAUGGUCCGCUGCUGGAUUUCUAUACACCUUCACACCCGCUCGAUCCUUUACAGUUGAAGGGGAAUUGAGCCUUCUCAAAGCAUUUGUCUCGUCAAUCUCGGCAGAGGUCUACGCCCAGGAGGCAUUAGAAUCUGACAAGGCAAAGUCGGAUGCUUUGGGCUCGCUGUCUCACGAGCUGCGAUCGCCACUGCACGGCAUAAUCCUGAGCACUGAGCUUCUCAAUGACACGAACCUCAGUGUGUUUCAAGGCAACGCGGCGCAUACUAUUGAGAUAUGCUGCCGCACGCUACUUGACACUAUAGACCAUCUUCUGGACUACGCGAACAUCAACAACUUUCUUGGGCGAAACAAUAAAGAUGCCAGGGCUUCUUCUCCCGUGUCUAGGGCAUUGACAAAAGAAGGGCAGUUUGGCAAGAAGAGGUUGUACUCCAAUGCCAGGCUGGAUGGUCUUGUCGAAGAAGUCAUUGAAAGUGUCUUUGCGGGCUUCAAUUUUCAGUCCAUGUCUAUCAAACAGCUUGCACGGCGUAACACCUUCAACCUGCGGUCUAGCACCGACACUGCAGCCAAUGCUUGGAUGGAUAAGGCGCAUGCCAUGGAGCAGAUGUCUCCUGGCACCGUUGAUGGUGGAGGUGGAGCCGACGAAUACGAUUUCCACAUUGGACCCGUUCUGGUGUAUUUGCGAGUUGACUCGACUUGUAAGUGGAUGUUCUACCUCCCAGGUGGCGCGAUCCGCCGCAUUAUUAUGAACCUCGUGGGCAACGCCCUGAAGUUCACAACGAAGGGUGCCGUUUGGGUUACUCUCGGUCAGGCGAAAGUCUCCGCAAAGCUGCGACCAUCAGAGACCCUUGUGAAACUGGUUGUUCAGGACACCGGCAAAGGCAUAAGCGAGGACUUUAUCCGAUAUAAGCUGUAUAAGCCUUUCUCGAAAGAAGAUGAGUUUGCCUCCGGAACUGGUCUGGGGUUGAGCAUUGUCAAGAAAAUUGUGGCGUCACUCCGCGGCCGUAUCGACAUGGAGAGCACCGUCGGUGUUGGGACGAAAUUUACCAUCAUCUUGCCGCUAGAGCAGUCUGGCUCCAAAGUGCGCCAGACUGAGGAGGAUAGGGCCUUUGCGGAACAAGAGCAGGAACUUCGGGGACUGCGUGUUCAGACGAUUGGUAUCAUGUCCGGCGAAGAUGAACAGGGUCGACGGAUCGGUAUUGUGGAGGAUAUCUGCCGCAACACGCUCCAUUUAGACGUCGUUGCUCGAGAUAAUGAUCAAGAGCUUAAGCCCGAUAUAGUGGUUUGGACUCCGAACGUGGUCAUUUGUCAGGAUGCGCUGACAGCGUAUGGGCAUUUCACGGCGUUUGAAUCCUCGGGACACGGUGGCAUAUUCGAAUUCGUUUCUCAACCAAUCGGGCCGCGCAAACUAGCUCAAUCAAUACAACGAGCUUUCCGACGAUGGACCAGCAUAGAUACCGACUCAUCACCACCAGUGCGUCCGGCCGGGCUACGCAACUUGCACAACUCCAAUAGCGGCUCCACGGAUAUUACCAUUGAUUCAGCAGAAGUGCCCGCGCUGGCUGCCCGGCAAGCAUCAUUGACGCCAUCGCCGCCGGUAAACGUCUCGGAAAAUGAAGCAUCAUUAGCCGCACCUGAGCUGCCAGAGCUCUCCCGCGAACUGGCAAGCCCAGUUACAGCGCAACUCGAUGGAUCUAUUGGCCCUGACGUAAUUCUGAUCGUUGACGAUAACCGUAUCAAUCGCGAGGUCUUAUCCGCCUUUAUUCACAAGCUCGGAAGGAAAUACGAAAUGGCCGUGAAUGGAAAAGAGGCACUGGAUACUUACAUGCGACACCCGGAUUACUUUGCCGUCAUUUUGAUGGACAUUUCCAUGCCUGUCAUGAACGGCUUCGAAGCGACCCGGGCGAUGCGGAAGUUUGAGCACGAGAACCGCCGGCAACCCACCCCCAUCAUUGCUUUGAGUGGGCUGGCGUCUAACGCGGCGCAGAGGGAAGCGCUGGAAAGCGGCGUCAAUCUCUUUCUUAGCAAACCUGUGCGGUUCCAUGCCCUCAGCGAGGCCUUUGCGUCGAUUCCCGGCUGA